AUGACUCUGCUGGGUUUAAUACUUGUUUUGGUGACUCUGUUUGAAGGUAAGCUGACUUCUUUAAAUAUUGAUCAAAAUUUUACUGAAGGGGAUACUUGUGAGAAACUGGUGAGAAAAACUGCCGCCAGAAACACUACUCUCCUGCCUCUUGGCUUUAAAAUUGAACCCUCAGUCAUGUCAGCUGGGAAUCGAACUCUAUUAAAGUGGAUUUUUAGCACAGAAGAGUCAGAUUAAAAACACCCACAUGAAGAAACAUUAACACAUCAGAUUGGUCUUUAAUCCUUUGGUGGUUUUUAGAAAUUCCUCAAACUUGAUUUACUUUAUUUUCUUCUAUUUUUCAGUCUUUAGAUUUAUCUUCAAACAAAAUCCAGGGAAUUAAAUUAUGUUGACAUAUAACAACAUAUCGAGUGUUAGAAGACUUAAAACUGGUAAAUUUAACUUCACAUUUCCGCUCCAGACUGUAGAAUACCUCCAGUCAGCAAAUGUUUGUCAGCGGACGUCCUGACAUGACCUACUUGUUACAUGGUGUAUUAUCGCUGUAUGAUAAGUAACUGAACUUUACAAACAAAACAAUAACAACAACUACAACAAAAAUUGGCACCUGUAUCUGUGAUAUUGUGUUUAAAAACAACAUUUUCACAAUGAAAACUAGAAAAGCACUCGGAGAGCGCAGACCUCCGCCAAGCAGCUCAUGUCCCCCCUUAUAUUGUGAUUCACACCAAAACUUUUACUGUUACGUGUCUUUAAUUAACAUUUAUUUGUGUUUAAACUGGUAUGUUCACUGUUCAUAAAACAAGAAAUGCCCUAACCCAGAUUCAAACCCAAGACCUUCUGGCUGUGAGGCAACAGUGCUAACCACUACACCACUGUGCCGCCCAUUGGUUAUCUUUCAGCAUUGAAAAUUCCAACGACACCCUUAUUUUUGUGUGCUCUGGAUCACAGUAUCCAGAAUUUUGUCUGGAUCAGGAUCAACCUUUGACACCUCAUAAAACUCAUUGAGAUCCUUUUGUGUAAUUUUUUACUAAAGACUCUGGACAUUUUUACCUCCGCCAAGGAGGUUAUGUAAGCAGUAGUGUUGGUUUGUCUGACUGUUAGCAACUUUACGGAUAAAGUAACAGGCGGAUUGACCUGAAAUUUUCACCAGAGGUGCGUCUCAGCCCCAGGACGAUCCCAUUAAAUUUUGGUGGUGAUCCAGACAAAAUUCUGGAUACUGUGAUCAGAACACACAAAAAUAAGGGUAUUGUAGGAAUUUUCAACGCUGAAAGAUAAGCAAUGGGUGGCACAAUAGAGCAGAUAGGUGGCACAGUGGUGUCGUGGUUUGAACUGUCGCCUUGCAACCAGAAGGUCUUGGGUUUGAAUCCCGGAUCAGGACAUUUCUUGUUCAAGGGGGGACAUGAGUUGCUUGGCGGAGGUCUGCGCUCUCCGAGUGCUUUUCUAGUUACAGAGUUAAAUGCAAAAAUUCCAAAAUUUGCCCUAUCUCACAAUGAUAAAGAAUCCUUCAAAAAAUUCCUGGAUCGAGAAGGCGAUCCGGAUCACCAUCAAAAUUUAAUGGGAUCCUCCUGGGGCUGAGACACACCUCUGGUGAAAAUCUCAGGUCAAUCCGUCUGUUGCUAACAGACAAACAAACAAACAAACAAAGAAAUAAACCAACGCUACCGAAAACAUAACCUCCUUGGCGGAGGUAACAAUUCAAACAGUCUCAGCUGAUGACUGUCCAACAAGAGUAUGGUUCUGCUCAAGGUUUCUGCCUGAGUCUUUGCCUGUAAGAUGAGACCCAGUCUUUUCUUAUUUUGAUGUUAGGUCUUUGUAAAUAAUGAAACAGAUUUUUUUUUUUUGCAUUAUCUUUAGCUUUACUGAAGUAAAAACUACAAAGUUUUAAUUACUUUACUUUCUACACAGUUUCCACAAACAAAGACAAAGGAAUUGAGACCCAAACCGCAGUUACAGUAUAUAAUUUUGUUUUUCCACUUGGACUUUAAACACUUUCUUUUUUUGCUUUUGCAGCCCAGUGGACACUCAAGGAACUGAAGUUUUCUGCACUCCCACAUAACCAUCAAUCAAUCAAUCAAUCAAUCAAUCAAUCAAUGAAAUUUUAUUUAUAUAACGCCAAUUCACAACAGUCGUCAUCUCAAGACGCUUUUCAAAGAACAAGAGCAGGUCUAGGCCACGCUCAUUGUUUGAUGAUGAAGAACCAACCUAAGGUGGGAUUUGGCCCAUCUCAUCUAACAUGGGGAGGAAUGUAGAGAGAUGGAGGGAGAGAGAGGGGAGAGGGAGAGAGAAGAGGGGAGAGGGCAGGGGGAGAGAGAGAGAACAAGAUAAGGGGAAGGAGAGGGAGAAUGAGUAAGGAGAGGGAGAGGGAGGGAGAGAGAGUAGAGAACAAGGGUGAGAGAGAGACAGGGGACAGCAGAAACAACAGCAACAACAACAACAGCUCAUGUAAUGGUGAAACAAAAUGUGUUUUCAACACUAGAUGUUGCUCCUUUGCCAAACUAAGAAGUGACAAUGACUGUUUUAGAUUUGAGGAAUAAAGUUAUUGUCAAAGAGGUACUGGUAUGUUUGCCGUGCUCUUAUAUUCAGUUCCUCUUUUCUUUGCAGUGGCCAGCAGUCGAGAAGAAAUCCAUCGUGUCUACCAGCCUGGACAGGAUGUGAUCCUACCCUGUGGUCCUUAUUCAUCUCGCGGACCUCAGUGCUCAAACAUAGGAUGGCUUUACAACAGAGAUUUUUCAUCAGAAACUAAAAAUGUGGUCAGCAAUGGUAAAGUUGACCCGGAGUCACGGCGAGCUGCUCGACUGAAUGUGAACACUGACUGCUCUUUAGUCAUAAGACAGACCACUGCUGAGGAUUUUGGUCUCUACACGUGUCGGCCAUUUGAUAAUGAUCAUCGUUUUGAUGUACCUGUGUAUCUUAGCCAUCUGAACAGUAAGUCUCAUAUUUACUGUGAUCAACUUUGUGCUCUGAGUCCAUCAAGCUGUGAAAAGUCUAUAUUUUUAGUCUUUCUUACUCUGUUUGUUGUUUUGUAAAUGAAAAAUCCUCAUUUACUGUCAUCAAAUUUGUGCUCUGAGUCCAUAAGUUCAUUUCCUUUCUCACUGCUGUUUGAGACCAAACAUGAGGACCUCUCUCAGUUUGCUAAUGUAUUAUUAUGUGUUGGAUUGGAUCGUCCAAAGAGAGACCAAUAUAAUGGAGCAUUUGUAGAUGCAUGUUUAUUUCUGUUAAAAGCAAUCUUUCCUUCAUUUUAGUGAUAGAUUUAUCAAAUUGUGAAAACUUAUUUUUUUCAGUCUUUCUAACUUGGUUCAAAGUUUUGCAAAAUCCUGUCCAUUUUGUGUUUAAGUUAAAAAUGGCAGCUAAAGACACACAGAAACUCACCAGGGUCUUAAAACUCAGUGACAAACUUGCGGCAGAAAAGUUUUUUUUAAACUCAGUUAUUUUCUUCGCUCUUCUUUCAGUCUCUUCUUUAGUUCAAAUGAGGGAUGAUGAAGUUACGUUAGAGUGCUCUCUACUGAGGUAUGAAGGUCUCCCAGAGUGUCGACAAAACCCUCUCCGCUGGGUGGACGAUACAGGAUCAGAGCUGAGUGAAGGUGUCUCAAAGCUGAACAACAGAACCAACUUAUUUUCCCGACUGACUGUGAAGCGUCAGAGCGGCAACAACAGGAGAUAUGUCUGUCAGUAUGUUAACAAGGAAAACCAUGUGGCGAUACAGGCCGAGUACACACCUGUCUUCACAGGUAGGACCACUUCAGAUCAGUGACCAACAACACAUGUAUGCAUGUUUAUCCUUUAAGUUGACUGCGAUCCAUGAAAUAGUCAUUGGAUAAUUAAUGUCAAGAAACAAAUGGACAAAAUAUGUUACCACAGAUCCUGGAUCUACAGCAUCGAUCUACAUCAUCGUUGGUGCAUUGAUGGGAGUGUUGUUGCUGCUGGUCGUCAUGACAACUGUCCUAAUCAAAUACAGGAAGAGAACCAAAGUGACUGAGGGUCAGUAACCCAAAAUCUUUCUUUAGAGUCAUGAGGUCUGGAUCUUAUUAAGAGACCCAGGUAUUACAGUGAGGUGUGAAGUUCAAAAUAUGAUGUUCCAUGUAAUAUGUUGCUUAUUUAGAUGCAAGGUGUGGCUGAGGCAGGCCUUUAGAUACAAGGUGUGGCUGAGGCUUCCCUUUUGCCUCCUCACCUUUAGUUUCAUGAGUGUACAUGUGGUUUCCGGUCAGCCUCAUGUGGUCACUGAGUGAACAGAAGUUUUUAACGCUUCUGCAUCAGCUUUUUUUUCUCAACACUUGAGUUGCCCAUGCAUGAUACACUAGUAGAUGUUUUGAAAUGCCAUGAAAUGCAACAUCAUAGCAUGCUAUGCUGGGGAUUUAUGUAUCUAAGAUGUGUAAGGAUUUCGUUAGCAGACGAUGCCAUAAUGUACUUUUGGUAGCAAGAAAAUGCUAUUCUCUGCCGUGUUACAAUCUGUAAUGGUGUACAAUGUUGGUAAAAGAUUUGUUAUCCACUGCCGAGGAUUUAUUUUGGUAUGCUAUGAUUAUGUAAUUGGAUAGUCUUCAUACCACAAUGUUACACACAAAGAUUCAAUACGAUUUUUUAGUAUGCCUAUGCGUACUGAUCAGCAGCUGGAAUUUUCUCUUUAAAUUCAAUUUAAUGAGUCCUUUAGUGAUAAAAAAGAGUGAUGAUCAAUUUCUAAAAUGACACCGAAGGUUAUUUCAUGACUGGCUUGUGUAUAAUAUAAUUUAUCAAUGUAUUUGGACAUCUUCAAUUCACUCAGGAGAAAGUGUUUUCAGAUGGAUCUUGCAUUAGUCAUAGCAUGAUUUGUUUAAUGUACAAAAGAGUGAUAUGUUAAGUCUGAUAUUUUGGUGUUUUCUUUUUACAGAUGUUCAGAAGCAGACCCAACCACCUGUAAGUAUUCAAGCAUAUAUAAAUACUCCUUCAAUGCUCCUCAGGCAUGUAUAUACUUCCCAACACUGUGGCAUUAUUUACACACGAACCCACAGGUAUUUGACCAUUAAAAGGAGGCUUCUCAUUGUUUGAGUUUUUUAAAAAACCACACACUGUCACACUACUGCCUCUGCUGGCAAGAAUUUAAACUGCAGCUAUACUUGUGUAAAGAUCCACUUACACUUGAAAAAGUCUGACAUGUGCACAUUUCUGUGUUAAGCCUGUCUGUCUCUUAGAAAACGUUUUGUUUUGCUUUUUCUCAGGAGGAGCCCGACAGCGAUGUGACCUACGUCACUGUCAGCCACAAACAGCAGGAGGCCUCCAAGAAGAAGGUGAGGGACUUGCUACAGGUGGUUCACCAAUAACAUAGAUUAUGAGACAGCAAGUCAAACAAUGGAAGAUGUUUAAUGCCGAUACAACCACACAGGUUAUUUCAGGUUAUUUCCAGGUGAUGAAAAGCACGCUGAAAUGAAAGUCAAUGGCGCUCCUUCUUGAUUUGUUCUGCAGCCCAAAUGCCUAUUUUCAAAUGCAUGUUUUGCAUAUUUAAUUUGAUUUUUGAUGCAAAAGCUUGGAAAUGUAAAGUAAUAUUAAGUUAGGAUAUUCUCAGCUUGUUCCAUAUUUCUCAACAUGAACGGGGACUUUUCCCAUUUCAGACUCAAACUAUUACUCAUGGUUCUGUAGAUGAGGUUUGACACACUUCACAGAGGAGGUUGACUUUUGACUCGAAGUUCCUAAUUUUUUUUUCCACAGAUGGUCAUGAUUUCAAAAAUUAAUCAGUGACUUACCGGACAAGGAAGAAAGUUUCCCACAGACUUACUGUCAUGUAGUCAUUUUUGUGGUUAUGAAUUGUGUAAAUAAUAAGUUAUUUUUUCAUACCUCAGGCGGAGAAGGAAGAGGAAGUGACUUAUUCUGCAAUCAGAUCUGCAGUGACGAUGGAGAUACAUGACGAUUCCAGCAGCCUCUACAGCAGUGUCAGCAAACCAAGAAGAUAA